CUUCUCACCACAGGCGAUCAGAAUGGCAGCAGCAAGGCUCUGCUUACUGGCUGCACUGCUGCCUCUGGCUGUCACCCUGGACAAUUACCACAAAGAGGAGGCAGACACCUACCAUGCGAGUGUCGGCCACCUUUUUCUGCUCAGUUGCUCCUUCGUUGAUGCUGGUGCCAAUGUGACGUGGGAGAGAGGAGGCGGCAGCAACACAAGCCUGCCUGCUGGAGUGGAGGUCAGGGACGGACUGCUGUGGUUCCUCCCUGUGGAGAAGUCUCAUGAAGGAGAGUACAACUGCAAACGAAGUAAUAAAUUGGAUUCAGCAAAGAGGAAGUUUAGGUUGUCGCUGUCAAGUGGACAAUGUCCUGAUCCAAGGGAGAUUCUCUCUUUCCCGAUGGGAAGCAGUGAAGGUCUUCCAUGCAAACAGACGGAGAUCUUCAGACUGAACGCAACAAAGAAGGUUCGGUGGAUGAAGGAAUGUCAUCCCAUGCAACAAAAUGAAGAGCAGGUCAUUGUGAGUGAAAAUGGCUUCAUGAGGUUCAACGCUCCCUCGCUGGAGGAUUCUGGGAAUUACACCUGUCUGAUAGACGUCAGCUUGGACGGCAAGACGUACACAGCUGCACGCAGCAUUCAGCUCACAGUUAAAAACGAGCCUCCAGAUUUUUUCCAAGAAAUUCACAUUUUAAAACCUCAAAAGGCUAAGAUCCCAGUUCAAGUAGGGAUGAGAGCAGAGCUUCAGUGUUUAGCUUCCAUUGGCCCCAGCGAGGACUCCGAGAUCCUCAUGUUCUGGACCGUAAAUACGACUUUGACCGAGGACUAUGAAGAGCUCAGUGAGUCCUGGAAGUUUAUCAGCAACAGUGGCGUGGUGUAUGCUCAGUCCACCUUAUCCAUUUCCAAAGUUCUCCGUCACUUCCUAAACGUUCCCAUUAAGUGUCAUAUUACAAGCCCAGUGGAGAGUGAGUUCGGCCUCGCUUGGCUAAUAGAAGCCAAUCACAGCGCUGUGUACACAUAUGUGGCCAUCUGCAUCGCUGCGUCCCUCAUUAUUUUGCUGCUGCCGGCUGUUUUUUUCUUUAAAAUUUAUCUGAUUUUGGGUUACAGAACACUGACGGCACAUUUUUACAAAAAAGUAGUUUCAGAUGGGAAACUAUAUGACGCCUAUGUGAGCUUCCUCCAACCCAAAUCUCUGAGUGUGGCGCAGGAGGCGGAGUUCGCUCUUCAGAUCCUGCCAGAGGAGCUGGAGCGACAGCAGGGUUACUCGCUGUACAUCAGAGGACGAGACGACUCCCCUGGUGAAGCGAUACAUGACGCCAUCACUGCCACACUCCGCCAAUCACAGAGACUGAUAAUCAUCCUGUCAUCCGAUAACAAAUCACAUGAGCCGUCCUGCCUAUGUGAGAACCAAAAGCAACUGCUGUAUGAGCGGACACUUGGUCUUCAUGAUGCUCUGAUGCUUAAUGACCCCAAAGUCAUUCUGGUGGAAAUGGAUGGUCCGGUGGAUUACAGAUUACUGCCAGAGUCUCUGGAAUAUAUCAAAAGACAGCAAGGAGCUUUAAAGUGGAGAAAAGCCUUCAUGAGGAAGAACACGCUCAGUAGCUGGCUCUCAAACAGACACUUCUGGAAGAAUCUGAAGUAUCAAAUGCCUUCAGUCCCUGCGAGGAGACGCCGGCCUGUCGUCUGAAGCGGGGAUUCAGCAUCCAUGAGCUGCUUUGAUCACUACAGUUUUAAAGUUAUUGUUUUCUAUUUUGGAACAGUUGUGUUGAACUUUCUACAAUUGUAAUCUUUAUUUUUAUUGCUAUGUUGUGUGCAACUGUGUAAAGAUUUUUGCAUGUGUAAUUUAUUUGGACGCUUUGAACUUAAAGACAUUAAAGACCCAAAAAAAUAGUG